AAUCAAUAAAAUCAAUCUUGUGAUUAUUAUUAUUGAUAUGAAUGAACUCCAGGAAUAAAGAAGUCUUUAGAAAUGAACUGAUCCAAAAGAUUAAACUCUCUCCAAAGAGUCACAGAUCCACCUCUAUAAUGGUGACGGGUGACACGCAGCCCCCCUCCGCGCGCGCGCACUGAGCAGAAAGCCCAUUAGUUCUGUUCAAUGGGCAGGUAGCGUCUGUUUGCCUGCAGCCCGUUAGAAAUGAGAACAUUUGAAAAUCACACUUAGUGGAACUGCCACGCGGGGAUCUCACGGGCACGUACGGAUCACGUGUGUCAAGCAUUCGCGCGCGGGCAGGGACUCUCGCAGUGCGCGCACCUCACUAAUGACCGGAGAAUGACAACAUCCGUGAACCCAAAGCAAUGCUGCCGCAUCAUGCAGAUGCGCACACUUGCGAGUGCGGCACAGCAGGUGGUUGCGCGCACAUCCGCGUGAACAAAGAUCCCCACUAUUGUAACAGAUUCAUCAAAGUCUCUGCUGGGAUCAUUUAUGGAUCUCACGAAAGUUUCUUCAGACAAAACAGACAAUUAAAAAAAGUCAAAUGACUUUAAUUGUGUUUCAUCGUGACAAUAGAGGUGUGGCGUGAGAGAGAGAGAAAUCAAUCAAACGAGAGAGUCUCACGCGCAGUGCGUGACAGUUGCAGCCCCGUUCAAGCGCUUUUCUCCAUUUUUUCAAAAUAAAAGAUUUCUUUUUAAGCACCUUUGCGCAAAAUACGCAUUUUGGAGCUUUUAUUCGGAGUUUUUGAAUCUAAAUCCAGUCUUAACUUAUUCUCCCCGUUCAGUAUGCGCUGAAAUGAACGAACUCUUCAUCUUCUUAGCGGUAAAAAUAAGACUGUUCCAGAACCGGGUUCGAGGCUCCUCCCGCUUUCUAGCAGUUUGAGUUCCUAUUUCAUAUUUCAAAGGCUGUUUUAGAAUAUUUAUUCAAUAAUAUUAUGAAAUAGAAAAAAAAAGAAUAAAAAAAAAGAACGGUGAUUUGUGCGCAUGCGUAUCAAUACAGGGAAAUUCCCGGAUUUCUGCGCAUGCGCCGAAAUCUGUCAAUGACGUCAUUUGACGUGUUAAACUGAUAUUGUCGUCAAAUGACAUCAGAGGAAAAAGUUCUUAUAGGCAACAUCCGAUCCAACUGCAGACACUUCGUUGAAGCCCCUCGCCGAGCCAAGUUCCAAGCCCGUUUUACAUUGAAGAUAUUUGUCUGAGCGAAUUUUAGUUUCACACUGUGUCUUUGACGUAAAAUUAUCAUCAGAAUGUCGAACGCUAUAUUUCAAGUGGAGGUUAACACCCUUCUUCAGAGCAACAGUGCUCAAUAUCUGGUGGAAAAGCUCCUUGGAGAAGGAGCUUAUGGAAAAGUGGCAAAAUGCAGGAAUUUGACGACAAAGCAGGAAGUUGCUGUUAAAAUCAUAAAACCUUCAGAUAGAGACUCAGCCUUAGCUGAAUUACAUGCCCUGGAUAAAAUGACCAAUCUCGACGCCGAUAAAUAUGGCUUGAUCAAGUUCCUCGACUGGUUCGAGUACAGAGGCCACAUAUGCAUCGUUUUUGAAUUGUUGGACCAAAGCCUUUAUGGCUUCAUGAAAGCUCGUAAACGCCGUCCCCUGUUAAUCCAUGAAAUCAGAACCAUUGCUAGGCAGCUGCUAACUUCCCUGAAAGGCCUGAAAGAAAUCAACAUGGCCCACUGUGACAUUAAACCAGACAACAUCAUGCUGGUGAACCAAGCUUCAGAGCCUUUCAGGGUCAAACUGAUCGACUUUGGCUUGGCUAUAAAUCCUAAAUACAUGGAAACUGGAACGUUAAUGCAGGUCCUUCAAUAUAGGGCCCCUGAAGUCAUUCUGGGUCUGCCCUUAGAUGAGCGUGUGGACAUGUGGACAGUUGGCUACAAUCUUGCCUGGCUGUACACAGGAUUUCACAUCCAUCCAGUGGACUCGGAGUACACCAUCAUCACUUCUUUGACGAUGAGACAAGGAAUGCCUGACCAGAAUCUUUUAAACAAGGGGAAGUUCACUAGCAGGUUUUUCUCUCUGACUGAGGAUGAAUCCAAAUAUGUCUGGGAGCUGGACACGACUGAACAGCAGUUCCAAAAAACAGGGAAAGAGGUGAGAUUCAGACGUUGCUGCCUUUGCUAUGAUGACCUUGAAAAUUUCUACCAAGAUAAGACAAAGAUGAGCGAAGUGGAACAGUUCGUCAAACUUCUGAGUCGGAUGCUGGAAAUAGACCCAAAUAAACGCAUCACUCCAGAGGAAGCGUUGAAACAUUCUUUCUUCACUAUGGAACAGCCCUCUGCUGACUCUGAGAAAACCAAUUCUCAAGAGUCUGCAUCCCCAGAGGUCCCCGAACAACCUACAAAGACAACUGUUCCUCAGGUACCAGCAGCUGCUCCCCAGGAAAAAUCCAGGAUCGAAAUCAAGGAGGACGCCGUUCAACAACAAGAGGCUGCAAAAAGCAACACUCAAGCUGGCUCACGAAAGAGAAAGCGUGGUGUUGAACAGAGCCAGGAUCCUGAACACUGUUCACUACCUGAGAGAGCAGCCAAAAAACCCAGGAUUGAGAGCAAAGAGGAUGUCAUUCAACCACAAGUAGCUACAAAAAGCAACUCUCCAGCUGACUCGAGAAAGAGAAAGCGUAGUGUUGAACAGAGCCAGGGUCCUGAACAUUCACUAGUUGAGAGAGCAGCCAAAAAACCCAGGAUCCAGACCAAGGAGGACGUCAUUCAGCAACAAGAGGCAGCAAAAAGCAACACUCAAGCUGGCUCGAGAAAGAGAAAGCAUAGUGUUGAACAGAGCCAGGGUCCUGAACAGUCUUCACUACCUGAGAGAGCAGCCAAAAAAUCCAGGAUAGAGAGCAAAGAGGACGUCCUCCAACAACAAGUAGCUAGAAAAAGCAACUCUCCAGCUGGCUCGAGAAAGAGAAAGCAUAGUGCUGAACAGAGCCAGGGUCCUGAAUUGAGUCCACAAACCAAGUCACCAGCUAAAAAGAUGAAAACUAGAGAAUUUCUUCUUCCAGCUUCAGGAAAUUCUUCACAAGCAGCCUGAUGUUGUCGUACAAAAAAAAAAAAA